UUUGACACAUUUAGUCAUGUUGGUGGACAGAUAAUAACACGCAAUCACAGAGCUCAAGGGCGUUCCAUAGACGUUUACGUGUGAACACUGUAAGUAAGGAAGAUGGCGACCAUAACAGCAGUUCGUAAAAAUACUACCACAGAUUCCAAUUCUGGUACCAGAUGUAACAGUCCUACUAAAAUACCCACCAAAAUGGCAAUUACUUCAGAUGACAGUAAAAUACUGGGUAAAAUAACUAUGAAACGGAAGGAAGCAACUAGUAAUACAAAGUACACCACAUUAAAAAUGAAGACCCACAAUAGUGCAUGGACACCAGUUGUACAUAAACCAUCAAAUGAUCAGAUAUUUAAUGAAAGAAGAGAUUUGGUCUCUCAUUGGUUUGAUAUGUGGACAGAUGCUCAAAGAAAGCGAUUUUUGGAUGUAAUAUUUCAACAGUGUAAAAGAGAACAAACUAAGUUUGUACAGAAUUGGUUUCGAGAACAUGUUCCUAUGCAGCAUUUAGACUUUACAUCUGUUCUCCCAAAAUUCUUGUCAGUUUAUAUUUUCUCUUUUUUGGAUCCCAAAAGUUUAAGCCGAGCUUCACAAGUCUGUUGGCAUUGGAAAUUUCUUUCUGAACAGGAUGAUAUAUGGAGAGAGAAAUGUAUGAAAUAUGGAUGGUAUAUACCAUAUACACCAGCUGAUAAUGAAUAUGGAGCAUGGAAAAUGCAUUAUUUAGCUUGUGUACAAACAUUAGAUUAUGUCAGCAGUAAAGAAGUUUCAAAUCUAUAUGGCACUAGAGGAGAUGGUGCUGCUUUUAAGAGAACAAAAAGAAAAAAUGGAAGCCAACUUUCAUUGAAUGGCAGUCAAAGGGAUAUAUCAUCAAGACCACCAUGGCAACGACCUGAUUCCAAACCUAAAGAUUUGCACAAAUCUCAUCAUGCUUUCCUACAACAGUUUAACCCCAACGACCCUGGCGGCCACAAAUCUCCACUUCAUAAUCGGUGGGGACAGUUAAAAAGAGAAGCUUCUAGUUCUACUGAAUUUUUGUCUAGAUCUUUAGAUUUUGAAAUUGGUUUAGAUUCCAAACGAAGGACCACAAGACAUAGGGCCCUAACAUCUGGUGAAUUUGAUCCAAGAAAAGGUAACAACAUGACAUUACGUGAAAGUUUAGAUUUAGAGAACACAGAUGAAAUGAGACAGAGAGAACUUGUAGAAACAGGCUGGUUACCACCAAAUAGAACUAUACUUAAAACGAAAGAUUUAUCUGGAGGUGGAAGUUAUCCAAUGUAUAAAAAUAAUAUCAAACGACCUGGAGCAGGAAAUGUAACCAAUCCAAGGGUUGUAUUUAUAUCAUCCCGUGUUCCAGCUGCUGAUCUUUUGUUAGAUGCUGUAAUGUUUGGUGUUAUACCUAUUGUAUAUGAAUAUGAAGGAACAACUAUAGACACAUUAGUAAAUCAUUUAGAACAAGUUUUAGAGGGAAAGAAAGCUCAGAGUGUGGGAAUAUUUUGUCAUUUUGAUAAACCAGGUGAAUUGUGUUUAGUACAUGGCUGUACCGUUACUGCAGAUAGAAUGGACUAUCCUGAUUGUAACUUAUUCUUUGAGAAUGUAACUACUCACAUGGUGCCAGUAAAAUCAGGCGGACAGUAUGACAUCUUUGUGCCUUUAGCAUCAUCAGAAAAUGGUAUAGAAGUUUUAAACCAGUUGUCCACAUUGACUGGUUUCAAGUUUUCAUCACCAACAGGUCUAAUUGGAUCUUAUAAUCAUAUUAACACAGAAUGGUCAUCACCAUAUUCAGAUGGUUCUCCACCAUCCAAAUAUUUCUGUACAAGUAAAUUAAACGUUUGGUCAAAUGUUGCUGAUCAAGCCCAAGAAGCCCUAACCAGAUGCAGAAAGAUCAUGGAACCAUUCUUCAGUAAAUUACAGAAGAACAUUGCUGGGCAAUUGGCAGGGCAACUUGUGUUUGAUGUUUUAGGCCAGUCAGAUAUCCAUGGUGUUCAUAGUAUUACAGCUACAUUAACAGAUGGACUCAAAUCUUUAGGAGAACAGACAAAUGUAAAACCAUUGGAAUAUUUAGGGAAUUAUGUUUUAGAUAGAUGUGAGACCAUGGAUGAAAUGAGACAGUCAAUGGUUAAAACUGAUCAGAAUGGGGGAAUGCAGAUAACAACACUAGAGGAUGGGGAUAAUGAAAUUGUUAACGAUAAAGAUACAACAGAUUAUACAGAUAAUAGAGGUGAUUGGAGUGAUUAUGAAGAUAAAGAUAAGAAUACAGGUGAAGUAAAAUAUGGUCCUAGCAGACAUCCUAAAGACGCGAGACAGGCGUUUACCAGUACAUAUAAUCUUAAUACCAGGAAAAGUCAAAUUGCAACGACUCGAGCCAACAAGUCUCAAAGAUUGACCAGUGAACAGUAUGCAUGUCAUCCAGAGAAAAGAACACCAGUUGCAUAUGAGAUUUUAACAAGUGAAACAGAGUAUAACCGAACAUUGAAGGCUACCAAAGAUAUAUUUUAUAAACCUUUAAAAUUAGCUCUGGAAUCAAACAGAGCUAUUAUAAGUGCAUCAAAUGUACAGACCAUUUUUAAUGAUUUAUUGUCUAUUUAUGAAGUCAGCAAAGAACUGACAGAGAAUUUAAAGAAUCGCAUGGAAAGUUGGAAUGCUCAGCAUAGUUGCCUGGGUGAUAUCUUCAUCAAAUUCUGUACUCAUCUUAGACCUUAUAGUAAUUUUAUCAACAAUUAUCAAGUUAUUUUAACCACUAUAGAGAAAUGCCGUGAACAGUCCUCAUCAUUUCGCAACUUUCUACUCCUUCAUCAACGACUUCCACAAACAAGAAUGUUAAGUUUACAAGAGUUAUUAUUACUACCAGCUAGACGUAUAGAAGAAUAUGUUAAAUUAUUAACAUGGUUUGAAGUACAAACACCACAACAUCAUGCUGAUAGAGAAGAUUUAGAUAAUGUUCUUACUACAUUAAAGGAACUUAACGAAGAUAUUAAUCAGUGUAAGAAAAGAAUUGAGAGAGAAAGAGAACUAGUCAAAUUACAGAGAAAUAUAGUCAACUGUCCUGCUUUAUUUGAAGCUAAUCGUUAUUUGAUUAAACAUUUAGAUGUUUCCCAUCUUCGUCCACCAACAGAAUCAGAAGUACCAGAACUGAGAGUAUAUCAAGAACUAGCUACUCUAGGAUUAUAUUUAUUUAAUGAUGCUCUGGUCAUUACAAGAAGAACCUCACAAUAUUUUCCUUUCACCAGAGCUGUAGAUUAUUCAUAUAAAUUUGAAGUCAGUUUAGCUUUAAAUCGUCUACGUGUGGUGGAUAUUCCAGACUCAAAAUUUGUGAAGAAUGCAUUUUGUAUGGAGACAACUAAAAAGAAAUGGUACUGUGCUGUUGACAAUGGAAUUGAGAAGUUAAACUGGAUGACUGUUUUAGAGGAGACUAUCCGGGCUGUAUUAACACGAUAAGAAAAUUUGAACCACAAAAAAAAACCCAAAAACACUUUCAUAUACUAAUUUCUACUUUUUUAUGAAUGUUUUAAUGUCAAUGAUUAAAAUAGAUAUCAAUGUUUGCAUUAAUUAAAUCAGUUUUUGUUAACUAAAUAAAUCUUAUCUGAUUCAUGUUGUCAUUAACACAGGUACAAUUUUAUGGAUACACAUUUACUGGAUUUAUUACUAUUUGUAUACAUUUGUCUACCAACUACAAGCACAUAUUUAUCAUUUCCUUAAUAAAGAAGUUGAAAGUUGCAUAGUCAUAAAUCCAGUAAUUGUGUGUCUAUAAAAUUGUACCUGGUGUUAAUAUGUUCACUUAUUAAAUGCCUAUCAAAGAUGUCAUAUUGUCAUUGUUUUACAGCCCACUAAAAGAAUCUUUUGUAUGUUUGUAUAACAUUCCUAAAUAUAUAAUCUAAUUUUAUCAUAUACAUGUAUAUUCCAUAUAAGCAAUAUUUUACAACUUUUAUAUAUGUAAUGGUUUAAAGUGAUAAUACAAUUAUUGCAUUUACAAAUUUUAUAAGCAUUCUCU